AUGAGCAUAUGUCAGAUAACCUUUGACAUGGAGGCACAGAAGCAGCCUGGUUUUACAGUUGCACUAGCAGAUCGACCAGUUCCAACCUCUUCUCUUCAGCCUGCACAGGGUUCUUCAGAUCUCAGCCAAGGCAGUGUGAUUCCUCAACAGGAACAAGCACUGUCCCAACCUGUGUAUCUCAAAGCCCUUACCAUACCACUGUAUCAGCCCGUCCAGGCAGGAUGCUUUCAGCCAAACAGUCAGUUAGUGACUGGCAGGAGCUGUGUAAAUCUAGACAGCAGUAACGUACCUCUAAUCCUGAACCCACUUGUUCCUUCAGAAGGCACAGGUCAGCCUCAGUCAGUUUUUCAGAAACAACUUGGGCAAACUCUAACAUUGAACAUAGUGAGCACUUUACCAGUUUUAUCAUCACCAAAUUCUUGUGUAAAUGCAUCUAUUGGAAGCCCAGGAAAAUCAAAAAAAGCUGGGAAAUAUAUCUGCAAACACUGUGGACGAGAUUGUUUGAAGCCAAGUGUCCUUGAGAAACAUAUUCGCUCUCACACAGGAGAGAGGCCCUUUCCAUGCACCACUUGUGGUAUUGCAUUUAAAACUCAAAGCAAUUUGUAUAAACACAGAAGAACUCAAACGCAUGUCAACAAUACCAGACUGCCCUCAGACUCUGACAACAGUGGCAUAUUGGAGCAAAAUGAGAAAUCAGCAGCGAGCGUCACCUCACAUCAAGGCAGCAAACUACUCAGUAGUGCCUGUGAAGAUGAGGGGAUACAGAUGAAACAACUGAGUUCAGAGACCAGUGCUGUAACAGACACUAAGAAACUUCUUGAAGACCUUUCACUGCCAGCAACAAGCAAUUCAUCAUUUGCUUCAGAAAAUCAAGAAACAACGAAUCAGUCCUUUAGUUCAAAGGCUAAUCAGGGGGUUCCUGAAAGAGAACCUCAAAGUUUAUCAUCUCCAGGAGCUUUGCCAAAUGGUCAGUGCCAGAGAAAGAAGAUACAGGAGCAGAGAACUCCAACUGCCAGUAAGCAUAUUCAGCUGCAAAGGCAGCAAGCAACCUCCUCGGAAAAACAGUGGGAUUACAAGCCAUUUGACUGCAAGCUAAAGAAGUGUGAGAGCACGGACUCAGGGUAUCUGUCACGCUCUGAUAGUACAGAACAACAGAUGGCAUCAUCCAGCCCGUUGCAUAGUCUCUAUGAACACAGCACAGAACUGGAAAAUGAAACUGCCUUCAGCAGUUUAAGGUAUACCUCCGGAAGCAGUGCAAAGCUAGAUGCAGCUGAGAAAGCUACAGCCUUGAUGCUAGAGAAAAAGAGGCUGGAAGAACACAUUUCAAAACUUAUUUCUCAUAACAAAAGUGUGGUGGAUGAUACCCAGUUAGACAACGUUAGGCCCAGAAAAACUGUCCUUUCUAAACAGGGAAGCAUCGAUCUGCCAAUGCCUUAUACAUACAAAGACUCUUUCCAUUUUGACAUCAGAACUUGUGAUAUAAAUAGGAAAAAGAAUCUUUCCCUUUGUUCAGCAAAAUCUACCUUUGCACCCCUAGAAAAAUGCAAGCCAAUGUUUUUUCAUUCGGUUCCCACCCAGUUCUCCACAACAAUAGAUACUGUGCCUGUUACACGAAGCAACUCUUUGCCGUUUGUGGAGGGCACAAGAAUGGUACAUGACAAAGCAGGUUGCUCAAAACCACUUUCUCUUACUAAGCAGUCUGUAAAUACAGGCACUGCUAGUUUGCUGCCUAGCAACAAUCUUGCUGCAGAUUCAGUGGAUUUUCCUAAUAGCCAUCCCCGAGCUCUAGUCAGACAAACAGCAGUGGAUGAUUUGCCACUAAGUAACGUCGUCGAUCACCCUCCUCCGUCGGAGGAGUUGCAAGGGAAUAAAAACCUUGGGGCUGGAGAAGUAAUCAGUGCUAAAAAUAAGAAGCAAAAUCAAAGGAAGUUAAAGAUGUUCUCUCAAGAAAAAUGGCAAAUGUAUGGAGACGAAACGUUUAAGAAAAUCUACCAAAAAAUGAAAAGCAGUCAAAAUGCCAAGCAAAUUAAACAAAGGGGGAAUAAGAUUACAGAUAUUACAAGCUUCACUCCUGAUUCAAAGGAAUCAGUCAGCAGUACUGAAAUUACUGAGGAAAGAGAUGGCAGGAGCUCUGUAAGUGACAGUCUUUCCUCCCUUGUGACAACAGGUUUAAACACUGGUAAAUCAGAAACCUGUACUAAUGGUAAUCAUAUUCUACAGAAUGUGUCCUCUGAGGAAACUGCAGACAGUGUAACCUACCGAAUGGAGACAUCACAUUCAGUAAACACUAGUGCACAUACUGUAAUGAGCAAAACUUCCCAAGACCUCAGUGGCAGUGAUCCAGAUAAAUACACAGCUGGCAACAGCACAUUACUAGCUCCAAACAGUUGUGAGCUCACGCUUCAAAAUACUCAGUGUCAGCUGAACACUAACAGAAGGAAUGAUGACUGCUUGCCAGUACAGAGUAGCAAAUGGGAAAAACCAAGCCUUGGGAAAGAAUCCAGUACCUUUGAACCAGAUUGUAAAAGCACUUCAAACAAGUAUGGAAACCAUAGCAGGAAUAAGGAAACUGGCCAGCAUGCCCUGACACCCCCAUGGGUCCAUUGCAACAACAACAACAGAGAAGCCGCAGGGAAAUCCCAGAAUUUACCAUCAGAAAGAAAAAAGCUGAAAUUUGAAGUGGAGAAGACACAAAACAUUAUUUCAGAGUCCUGCCCUAGUCCCAGUAGUGAAAACAAUCCAGUAAAUGAAGCAGAGAGAGUCUAUUGCGCUAGCACUCAGUGUCUUUCCACAGCACCAGUGAAAUUCUCCAGUAAAGCAGAAGAGCAAAAAUUAAGCACAGGAGUUAAUGAAUCCACUGGAGGUACUGAGAAUGUGGAGUAUAUGAAAACAAUCAAACUCCCCACAAAAGCUCUUAAUUAUAGUGAUGUUAACCUUGUUUCACAUUCAGCAGGUAUCUCAAAAGCUUCAUUUGUGGGAUUUUUAGGGCCUGAAUUAAGGGGAAGUGAUUGCAACUCUUUUGCCUUGCACAAUACAACAGAUAAAGAUGUCAAAACAUGUCUUGUGAAAACAGGAGCAAAAGUACCGCUUGUCAGUGACAGUGCUGUUGACGUGUCUUCUAAAACUCAUCAUCUGCAAUCUGGUCAUUUAACUCCAGUCCCACAACAAAAUGCCUUUUCUCCAAAAUAUAUCCUUAAAUUGCCACAAGACAAGAGAGCCUCAGAUUCGUCACUUUUGCUUAGAUCAGAACAGAAGAUUACACCUUGCGCAUCUGUGACAGACACCUUAACCAACCCCCCCUGCUCUUCCAACAGCAGAUCACUCAGUUCUCAUUCGCAUGAUGUGUUUUGGUCCCCUUUAAAAUUUGAAGUCAGACAAAAGGCCAGCAAAGGAGAGCUACGAUGGAACGUACAUGCAAACUGGAAAACUCCAGUAUUUUGUUCACCAGUCACUUCAGAAACAACAAAUAUCUUAACCACAGCAGAUAACACCUUUUAUAACCAAAACUUCAGGCAGCAGGAUAUUGUAAGAGAUGCUUGGAAAAACAAACAGAACAAAAAUAAAUUAAAUUAUCAAAGGCAAACAGAAGAGAAGUGGAUGAGCAUAACUACUUCCUCUACACAGACCCCAAAGAAGAAAAUAUGCUUUACUUCUAUGUAUACAAGUGGUUUUUUCAUAUCAGCCGACAUCAAAGACGAGAGAAAGGUUUUACAUCAUCUUUGCUCAGGAAGUGACUCUUUGAUCAUGACGUCAGCUUCUAGCAAGGGUGCAGAGCCAACAGUCAUGGGAUGGAACCGAGGUGGAAGUCCAUGCAUUCUUAAGGACAUUUCACCAACACUGCAGGAUAGGCAGCAUUCUCAGAGCUCAACAGACAACCCCACUUAUUUUUGCCAUUCUUUUGGCACUUUUUAUUGCCACACUCUCAACACUCACUGUAAAGAAUUCCCAGCGCUACCCCAUAAUAAUCUGACUUGCUACUCUGGAAAUUUAACAGUAUCAAGCACAAAGAGCACCUUCCCAUCACUAAAUGCUGAACCUCGAUUAACUUGGUGUUGCUUAACAAGAAGCCUUCCUCUGCCUGCUGAGCAGAAGGGGAAUGCAGACUCUGCUUAUUCCUCCAUGCACACCUGUGACAAGGAAUCUAGCAAUGAAUGCACACUGUCAAAAUACGAUAUUUCUAUUUUCAAAAUGAAAAAUAUUAGCAAGACUGUGGCAUAUGGCUUAACAAACAGGAGUUUAAAAACAUUGGUUUCAUCCUUUUCUAAAGGACAACAGAUGCAGGAGUUAAGCUCAGCAGCCCCUGGUGGUGCUUUCAAAAAUAUUUCAGAGCACAAGAAGAAAACAGUAGUUUGCAAAAAGGAAAAACUCUCAGCAAAUAAACUCAAGAGGAGCCACAAACAGAAAAAGACUAAAGUCACCCCACAGUGGUACAGAGGGAGGCACAUACACGGAUAUGCUCAGUUGAAAAUUAACCGACUAAGCAAGCGGCACUGUUUUCCAAAUAGAGCACUGGAUGCUUUGAAAAAGGGCUAUUCAUCACAACCCUGUAAAUUUAAUAAGAAGUGCCACUCUCCAUCAAAGGUACAAGAAAAUUACCUACACCACCAAAAGGACACAUCUUGUUCCACCCCAGACAAGCCACUUUGCAGAAGGAAAAAAGAAGGAAAGAAUAACUCAGGAAUAUCUUCCCAUACUGAAAAUCUAAACUAUGUUAAACAAAAAGACAAAAUGGAUAAAAAAGACAUUUCUGGGCAAAUCAGGGAACACACAAGAGCAAACUUCUCUCUUCAGAACAUUACAGCUCCUCUGGAAAUAUCUGUGACAGCUCAUUCCUUUUCAUCCACAGUUAAUACAGCCAUGCAGCAAGUCAGCAGUGAUGUGGAAAUCUGCUGUUUAGUGACACAACCACUUGUGCUUCAGCGAUCAGUCCCAGGGGAGUCACAGCCAAACAUCCAGAGUGACUCAAUGGCACCUUCUUUUUGGUCUUGCCCUUCUGAUUUUACAAGUACAGGCACAGGGGACCAACCUGACAGCACAAACUCAGAGACUACUGGUCCUCUUUCCUUACAUCUAGAAGCAAGCCAGGAAAACAUACUAAAUGUAGAGCCAGAGAGUCAAAGAUUUGGUACAUCAGACCCGGUGAUCCAGGCCUCAGGAAGGGAGAAACCUCCAACUGAAGAAACCACAUAUUCAUCUCCAAAAGAAAACUCGACUCCCAGUUCCCAGCCUGGAUGUUCACGUUUAUUCGGAUCAAAAGCAGAGUCUCUUCCUGAGUCAGUCACAAGGGCUAAAUUACCCAGUAUAGAAUACACAGAGCGGGCAAACUUUUCUCAAAAAAUAGUUGACCUUCACGGAAGUGCAGACAAGAAUGGAGCCCACCUGCAGUCAAAUAGCUAUGGAAGGCCCCACGAAACAGCUACUACUACCUUUAAAAAGCCCCCAAUUAGUCUCAGGUCCCCCGAGUUCAAGACUUACUCUGCAACACCUUCCAAGACAUACAAAAAGAGAGGUUUAGAGAUGAUGAGGAAGCAAACCAGAGUUGAGUAUGAUGACACUAGCAGUGAUGAUGAAGAUAGGCUUGUUAUAGAAAUAUAGCAAAUAGGCUGCUAACAAGAUGCUUGUGUGAUGGGCCAUUACAGAAGGAAAUACCACGGAUGUUUGAUCUUUCUGAAGCACCUUAAAAUCAAAAAAGCCAUUCCUCUGUGCAAUAGGCAGCAUUCUCUUCUGAA